AUGGAGGAAGAGGGCUACAGGUCGCAAAUGACAACGGGCAGCUUGAUUCCGCUGCUGCAGAAGGCCCUUUUGCAACACCAAGUAAGAAUUCAACCACUUCCAGUUGCGGCUCCUGUUUUGCAGCUGGACGAUCCUGCGCUGAGUUACCUUUCCAAGAUGCUUUUAGACGGGGAUAGUGAUAGUGACGAGCAGGAGGUUGCAACCCCGCAGCAGAACAGAUACCAGGCUUACAUGGACGACUUGAAUUCCAUCAUAAGAGGUUGCGUCCAGUCUCCGGACAGUGAUCAAGAACAGGUCGACCAGGAAGUAUUUAGCUUGCUCAGAGAGUGCGCAAGAGCAGUAGCAGCCAGGAACUCGGCACAGGUUUACAAUCUCAUCGGAUUGAUCAAGAACUCAGUGACAUCCGAAAACAGCCACUUAAAAAGGACCGCAUUGUUCUUCGUCAACGCACUGGUAGCAAGGCUUAAAGGGUGUGGUUCACAGCUCUACUCGGCUCUGUCCAGAGAGGUUUCUCAGAAGCGCUACGUGGGGCUUUUGUGCAUGAACCUCCCGUGGUUCAGCGCCACCGAGGUGAUCUCGAAUCACAUAAUUCUCGAGGCGUGCAAGGGAGCCAAGCGGAUUCAUAUUGUGGACUACGGGAUACUGUAUGGCAGCCAGUGGCCGUGGCUUAUCCGAGCUUUAUCUCAGCGACCCGAGGGAGCUCCACUGCUGAGGAUGACAGGAAUCGACUCGUCUGGGAUGAUAGAUGACUCUUGGGAGCUCGCACAGCCGCAGUGCAACAGCUUGAACGAGUUUGUGGUCAUCAACACAAACAGGAGACUGCGAUUCUUGAGGGACGACUCCACCGCAGCAAACAAUCUAAGGAAAGUGUUCUUCGAUCGCAUGCUCAAGCUCCAGCCGGCAUUGUUGAUCCAGUCUCUGCCAAACGCCGACCCCAACGUCUCAUCCCCGUUCUUCGUCCAGCGCUUUGAGGCGACACUUGCGUACUAUGCCAACAUUCUAAACGGUUUUGGAGAGGUUCUUAAGGAUCAUCCGCAAGAGCUUGGCUUCGCAAGAAAGUUUGUGGAGAGGAGCAUCAUGAAUGUGGUGGCCUGUGAAGGGGUGGAUCGAGUGGAACGGCCGGGGCCAUACUACUACUGGGAUUCGACGGCAAAGAAAGCUGGAUUCGAGCAGCUGCCUCUGAGCGACCAAGUUAUCGAGACAGCCAGGCUGAUCUGGAGAGGCGAGAAGUUUAGCUUGUACAGGGAUGGGCACUGGUUGCUACUGGCAUGGAAGGACGCCCUGGCGUUUGGGAUUUGUGCAUGGAAACCUGGCGUGAAGCCGAGAAAUUCGUACAGCGCCAAGAGUUCAAAAAGAUACCACUUCUAA